AUGAAAUCCCAAAGCUCUCUCCUCUUCAUCUCCUCCUUAGCUCUCCUCCUCUUCCUCCGCCCCGUCCCCACAGCCGCUGCCGCCUCCGCCGCCCCUCCACAAAGCAACGCUCCCCGCCCCGCCCCCGCUGCCAACGAGACCACCUUCGUCUGGCAAACUUGCAAUGUAAGCGCAAUCUCCUGCAAACCAUACGUUUGCGGCAAAAACCUCGCUUACAUUCUCGCUAGCUGCAACAGAACAGAUAUUCCUGUCGACCUCUGCAACAGCUCGCUCUCCCCCUAUGCCGACGACGUGAACCAGAACCCGGCCAACUUAGCUUGCGUUGCCAUCGCCGUUUCCGCGUACAGGGUCACCUCCAUCAAGGCGAACAUCUCCAGAAUCGGGAAAAAAGCCGAUAAGAAAGCCGCCUCCGCCUUCGGCGACUGCUCCGAGAACUUCAGCUCCGCCCGCGAACAGAUUAUAUCGUCCGCGAGGGCGUUGACUAAGCUAGUCAGCAUAAACAGCUCGACUAAGAGGUUUAAGGACAUAGCAGCAGACGUGCAAACGAGGAUGGAUGGAGCCAUAACGGACGAGAAUACGUGCAUGGACGGAGUGAAGGAGAUGCUGCCGGAAAAGGAUCUCGCGGUGGUGGCGGUGGAGGCUUUGGUUAAUAGGGCCACGGAGCACACGAGCAUUGGGGAGGCGAUGUUCAAGUUUUAUAUUCAAAGCAGGUUAGAUAAUAAAUCCUACGCCUGA